UAAUUGUCGUGUACGUCUCGCGUAUCGUUUUCACUGUUACUCUCUCACUCGCCCUUCGUCCGUCCGUCGAACCAUCUUUCUCGGUCCGCGUCUUCCGUCUCGCGCACGGAACUUAUACUGAACUUGCACAAGAUUACGACUAUUUUGUCAAUUAUUACUAUCGAUUUUACUGCGAAAUUUUUUUAUUUUUUUAUUUUUGUUCAUUUCAUUAGAUUCGUGUUCGAAAUUGGACCGACGACUCGAUUGUGGAACAUAUAACCGUGUUCACAGUACCACAUGAAUAGGUAUCUAUAUUAACCGUUAUGGAAACUACUAAGCCAAACACGUACACUAUACAAUCGGAAUUAUUGCAAGAAAUGAAUAAGGAACAAGGACUUGACGAUUGCCUUGAAAGUGUUAGGAGUUUAUUUCGAUUCAAAUGGGAACUUGAACCCUGUUUGAAACAAUUAUCCGUAGAUGAAGAUGGAGAUUUAAUAGUACAAAGAAGUCCAUUCUCCAAGAGUAUCACAAUAGAGCAUAUAAAUAGGACUUCAUUAAAUAUGGUUGGUAUGCAAGUAUGGCGAAGCGCUUUAUUAAUGGGUGAUUUCAUACUAGAUAACAGACAUAUUUUUACCAAUGACCAAGUUGUAUUGGAACUUGGCUCAGGAGUUGGAUUGACUGGUAUUGUAACAGCCAUGUGUUGUAAAGAAGUAAUUUUUACAGAUAUUAAUAAUAAAGAUAUAUUAUCUACAAUUGAAAAAAAUAUAAAUUUAAAUAAAGAUUUAAUAAUCAGUUGUACAACAGUGAUCCCAUUAAAUUUCAACGAAUCUCAGUUACCUGAUGCACUAAGGAAAAAACUACCAAAAGUCAAUAUUAUAAUAGCAGCAGAUGUGAUAUACGAUAAUGAUAUUACAGAACAUUUUGUCAAUACCUUAAAAAAAAUAAUGUCUAUACCUCCCAGAAAAAUUGCUUAUAUAGGAAUGGAAAAAAGAUAUGUGUUUAGUUCAAUCGAUUUGGAAGUAUGUGCACCUUGUUUUGAAUACUUCAGCGAGCUGUUAACACAAAAUAAUGAUUGGUGUCAAGUAGAAUUAUUAGAUUGUAAUUUUUCACAAUAUUUCCAAUACCGCAAAGUUAAAGAAUUAGUGAUAUUUAAAUUAACUGCCAAUAAUUACAUGUAAAACAAUAAUAUAAAACGGAUUAUAAUAAAUAUCGUAUGAUUAAAAAAACAAAAUGUUUAUUUAUUUGUAUGUAUACUCAUAAUGCUCAGACCGUUUUGUAAACUUAAUAUUAUAAUCAAACCAAUAUAAAUAUAUACAUGUAUUAUUCAAAUAUUUCGUGUAUAUUUUUAAAAUUUACUUUUGCCCUUUCACGCAUAAUUUAUAUGCAACAAGUUAUCCAACAUCCUAGUUCAUAAUUUGAUAUACCGAAAAUUUCUUACAGCUUUCAUUUCAUUUACACAUUUUACAUAUUUCCAUAAUAUUUUUAAGUAUUUUAAUUUAUUUUACAUCCACUAAUAACAGAAUCACUCUAACCGUUGUAGUUACUGGAAUGUUUCUAAAGAUUGGAUUUUUUUUUAUAU